GCAACCUACGGGGUGAACCGGGAGCUGGUGUCCAUCUUAUUUACACCGGUGAGACUGCUAAAUUUUUCAUCUCUCGGGUUUUACAGCGAUAAACAAGUUGAAAUCCGGGUCUUCAGACAUGAGCAGUUCAGAAGAAGUGUCAUGGAUCUCCUGGUUCUGUGGACUGAGGGGGAAUGAGUUUUUCUGUGAGGUGGAUGAGGACUACAUCCAGGACAAGUUCAACCUGACAGGCCUCAAUGAGCAGGUUCCCCACUACCGCCAGGCCCUAGACAUGAUCUUGGACCUUGAACCAGACGAGGAGCUAGAGGACAAUCCCAACCAGAGUGACCUGAUCGAGCAGGCAGCAGAGAUGCUGUACGGCCUCAUCCACGCACGCUACAUCCUCACUAACCGAGGCAUUGCACAGAUGUUGGAGAAGUAUCAGCAGGGAGACUUCGGCUAUUGCCCCCGUGUUUAUUGUGAGAAUCAGCCUAUGCUUCCUAUUGGUCUGUCAGACAUCCCAGGAGAGGCCAUGGUGAAGCUGUACUGCCCUAAAUGUAUGGAUGUGUACACACCGAAAUCAUCCAGGCACCACCACACAGAUGGAGCCUAUUUUGGCACAGGCUUCCCCCACAUGCUCUUCAUGGUUCAUCCUGAGUACAGGCCCAAGAGGCCCGCCAACCAGUUUGUCCCAAGGCUGUACGGGUUCAAGAUCCACCCCAUGGCCUACCAGCUGCAGCUGCAAGCUGCCUCCAGCUUCAAGAGCCCUGUUAAGGCCAUCCGCUAGAGCAUCCAGGAAGGAGGAGGAGGAAGAUUCAUUGAGAGAGAGAGAGAGAGAGAGAGAGAGAGAACACAGUGUAGAAUUAUUGUCAGCAGGGCAGGGGUCACCUGCAUUUUACAAAUCUCUUCAGAUGUCCCCUUCCCACCCUGAAGACUGUAUUAUUUUGGUUUAGAUUAGGACAAAUGAAAACAAAGUGUAAAGAUUUUUGAGUGUGAGUGAGACAUAAAAAUGCACAGCCAUGAUCUUAAUCACAC